AUGCUGGAGAAUGGCUCCCUCCGGAACUGCUGCUGUGGGUUAGCCCAGAGGGGGCAGCAAGAGGCGGCCGUGGAGGCAGCGGAGGAAGGGGUGGCUGGGGCUGGAGCUGGGGCGGACCCUCGUCCCGGCUGGGUGGUCCCUGCCCUCUCCAGCGUCCUGAUCUUCACCACUGUGGUCGACCUGCUGGGAAACCUCCUGGUCAUCCUCUCCGUCUUCAAGAACCGCAAGCUCAGGAAUGCAGGUAAUGCAUUUGUGGUCAGCCUGGCCUUGGCUGAUUUAGUGGUGGCCUUGUACCCAUACCCCUUAGUGCUCACUGCCAUUUUCCACAAUGGCUGGACCUUGGGGGAUAUACACUGUAAAGUAAGUGGAUUUGUGAUGGGGCUGAGUGUCAUUGGUUCCAUCUUCAACAUUACCGCCAUUGCAAUAAACAGAUACUGCUAUAUAUGCCACAGUUUUGCAUAUGACAAAGUGUACAGCUGGUGGAACACCAUGCUCUAUGUCUGCCUAGUCUGGGUGCUGACAGUUGUUGCAACUGUGCCAAAUUUUUUUGUUGGCUCUCUCAAGUAUGAUCAGCGCAUCUAUUCAUGCACAUUCACCCAGACUGCCAGCUCCUAUUACACCAUUGCUGUUGUCGUCAUCCAUUUCAUAGUUCCAAUCACCAUUGUGAGCUUCUGCUACCUGCGAAUCUGGAUCCUGGUGAUCCAAGUGAGGAGGAGAGUCAAGUCAGAAAUCAAGCCAAGGCUGAAGCCAAGCGAUCUUCGAAAUUUUCUAACCAUGUUCGUCGUCUUUGUGAUCUUUGCCUUUUGCUGGGCACCACUGAACUUCAUUGGAUUGGCUGUAGCCACUAACCCCUCAGAAAUAGCACCCAAAGUUCCUGACUGGUUGUUUGUUGUGAGCUACUUUAUGGCCUACUUCAACAGUUGCCUUAAUGCGAUAAUAUAUGGACUUCUCAACCAAAACUUUCGGAAGGAAUACAAACGGAUCCUGAUGUCACUGUGGAUACCAAGGCUGUUUUUUCAGGACACAUCCAAGGGAGGGACUGAAGUUCAGAAGAGUAAACCCUCCCCUGCUUUAAACAAUAAUGACCACAUGAAAACCGAUACCUGUAAAUAGAUGGAGGUUACAUGGAAAUGGUUGCCACUCUGUGUACUGGUAUCAUGUAGGUUUUAAGGUUGUACACUUCAUUCCUGCUUUCCCUGUUCUGUGUGUUCCAUUUGAAUGACAUACUAUGACAACUGGAAUCCAGUCUUCUCAGCAAAGUGCAUUUGUUUACAUGUUUAUAAGUUAAUGAACAGGUACCAAUGUGAAGGCUUCAGAACUGAGAAGGAGGAGGAGGAAGGAGAUAAAUCUAAAGUGUAUGUUUUUUAAAAAUAUAUAUAUUUGAAUGCCUGUAACUGGACCUGGAGAUACACAGAGGACCAACCAAUGUGUUGUUCAUAUUUGUAACUAUGGCUCUCAGGAAGUGGAAUCUUUGCACUGUUUUUCUUGAAGAACUAGGGUAAAUGCUGUCUUACAAAAUAUAUAUCUUUGAUUUUGAAAGGAAGAUCAAUGAAAUCUAUUUCAACUGAAUGCUGGUUGUGUUUUGCACAAAUGAUGGAAUCCUAAAAGAGAAGGAUAAUAGGGGAAAUAUUAUCUUCACUCCUAAACCAAGAUGUAUUGUAUCCAGGGCCCUCAGGAUCAAAGGUCCAAGACCUUUUGAUUAGCAGAAUGAAUGACAUUGUCUACCGUCCCCUCCCAGGCUCCCCUGUUCCCCUUGAAUUUAGCUGCAAUCCUCACAGUGGGAGGAACGGAAAGGACUGUCUCAGAAUAACAUAUUGUUAUGAACUGUAUGCUUAUGUUGUGAAUGAGUAUGUAUGUACACACAAAUACGGGGAGGGGGGAAUUGGAGAGCUGGAUCGGUACAGUACAUUUUUGGAUUUUGGGGGGGGUAUCUCUAUGGGGUUUGUUAUUAUG